AUGCAUUUCUCCACCCUCUUCGUAUAUUCCAUCGCCCUCGGCCUCAUCUCAAUCACCACCACCCUCACAAUAGUUUCAGCCCAGCUCUCAGGUGCCUGCCUGGGCUGCUUCACCAACCACGCACGCACCAUCUCACCCUUCUGCACCCACAAUGUCAUCUCGCCGAUCUUUCCUAAAAUCUUCAUGGACCUCAAUGACAAGCGUUGCUUCUGCCCUCUCGCUAGCAACAGCGAUUGGUUGAAACCUUGUAUCCAGCCUGGCACCUGUACACCUCAGGAGGUCAGUAGUGCGUAUGGAAAUCUCUUCCUGAAGAGGAGGGCGGCUUGUACCUUUGGCAUUCCUACCGCUUAUCCUCAUUUUCCUGCUCCCCCCGCCCCUGCUCCACCUGCCCCUGCCCCACCUGCCCCUGCUCCUCCUGCCCCUGCUCCACCUGCCCCUGCUCCACCUGCCCCUGCUCCUCCUGCCCCUGCUCCACCUGCUCCUGCUCCACCUGCUCCUGUCCCCGUCGCCCCUCCAAUGGCUCCCAGACUUACUCCAUCCGUUACUACUUCGGGACCUACAGCUACCCCAACAGCCAGCGACAGUGCUGCCCUAGCUUUGAGAGAGGCUUCUUCCAAGAUGGUUGCUGGUGCAGCCCUAGCUGUCACCAUCGUGUCUGCUCUACUUCUCUUUUAA